CAGAAGGUGGAAGAAAUGUCCUGUGCAGUACAAUGAGAGCCAGUUGGUCGCGAGCAAGAGAAGUCCUCUCAUGAGACCCACCAGAGCAAUUUUGAUGAGCGAUUACGAGACGUCUGUGGAUUCCCUAAAGAGUGGAUCGGACGCGCUGAGAAGCAUGAGAGAUCCGUGGCGGUUGCCCCGGAGCGCCGUGUUGGAAUACUGGACAGCGGUCAUGGUGUGCCUUGUUUGGAUUCAGUGUUCUUGCGGGAUGCCGCAUGUCAUACGGAUAGGAGGGAUUUUUGAACAAACAGAUGGUCCAGUCUCACUUGUCAGUGCAGAGGAACUGGCCUUUAAAUUUGCUGUCAAUAACAUCAACAGAAACAGGACAUUAUUGCCAAACACAACAUUAACAUAUGACAUCCAGCGGAUUAAUAUCUAUGAUAGCUUUGAGGCCUCAAGGAAAGCUUGUGACCAGCUGUCUUUAGGUGUUGUGGCCAUAUUUGGGCCAUCUCAUAGCUCAUCGUCAAAUGCAGUACAGUCCAUCUGCAAUGCACUGGAGGUUCCACACAUCCAAGUGAGGUGGAAACAUCAUCCUAUGGACAACAGAGACACAUUUUACGCCAACUUGUACCCGGACUACUCCUCCCUAAGCUACGCCAUCCUGGAUCUGGUACAAUUCCUCAAGUGGAAAACAGCCACUGUGGUGUAUGAUGACAGCACCGGUUUGAUUCGACUCCAGGAGUUGAUCAUGGCCCCUUCCAGGUACAAUAUAAGGCUGAAGAUCCGACAACUCCCUCUGGACACUACUGACACCCGCCCCCUGCUGAAGGAGAUGAAGAGGAGCCGGGAGUUCCGCAUCAUCUUCGACUGUAGCCAUAUCAUGGCUGCACAGAUUCUUAAACAAGCCCAGAUGAUGGGAAUGAUGACAGAGUACUACCACUACAUCUUCACUACUCUGGAUCUUAUGGCCAUCAAUCUAGAGCCUUACCGUUUCUGUGGUGUCAAUAUGACCGGUUUCCGCAUCCUGAAUGUGGAUAAUCCUCAAGUGGCUUCCAUUGUGGAGAAAUGGUCCACAGAGAAGCAGAUCCCUCCAAAACCUGACUCUGGCCUGCUGGAAGGAAUUAUGACGACAGAUGCUGCUCUGACAUAUGACGCAGUCCACAUUGUGUCCGUCUCCUACCAGCACGCACCACAGAUGACAGUCAACUCGCUGCAGUGUCACCGCCACAAGCCCUGGAGGUUCGGCGGGCGCUUCAUGAGCUUUAUUAAGGAGUCUCAGUGGGAUGGCCUGACCGGACGUUUGUGUUUCAACAAGACCACUGGCCUGAGGACAGAUUUUGACUUAGACAUUGUCAACCUGAAGGAGGAUGGCCUGGAAAAGGUGGGAAAGUGGAGUGCUUCCGGAGGCCUGAACAUCACAGAACUCCCUAAGAGGAAUGGCAUGAACAUCACUGACUCACUCUCCAACCGCUCCCUGGUCAUCACCACAAUACUGGAGGAGCCAUAUGUCAUGCUUAAGAAGUCUGACAAGGCACUUGUUGGAAAUGACCGCUUCGAGGGCUUCUGCGUUGACCUGCUGAAGGAACUGGCUGGUAUUCUGGGGUUUGCUUAUGAGAUCCGUUUAGUGCCUGAUGGGAAAUAUGGCUUCCAGGAUGACAAGGGCCAGUGGAAUGGCAUCAUAAGAGAACUUAUGGAGCAUAGAGCAGAUUUGGCUGUAGCUCCCCUUACCAUCACCUUUGUAAGGGAGAAGGUGAUUGAUUUCUCCAAGCCAUUCCUGAACACAGGGAUCAGCAUCUUGUACCGCCGGCCAAACAGUACCAACACCGGGUUCUUCUCCUUCCUCAAGCCCAUGACCCCCGAUAUCUGGGUCUACAUCCUGCUGGCCUACCUGGGCGUUAGCUGUGUUCUGUUUGUCAUUGCCAGAUUUAGCCCUUAUGAGUGGUAUGACGCUCAUCCAUGCAACCCAAGCUCUGACGUGGUGGAGAACAACUUUACACUCCUGAACAGCUUCUGGUUUGGUGUGGGCUCCCUCAUGCAGCAAGGUUCUGAGCUGAUGCCCAAAGCUCUCUCCACACGGAUUAUUGGGGGCAUCUGGUGGUUCUUCACCCUUAUCAUCAUCUCCUCCUACACAGCCAACUUGGCAGCUUUCCUCACUGUGGAGAGAAUGGACUCUCCUAUUGACUCGGCUGAUGACCUGGCCAAACAGACCAAAAUUGAAUAUGGAGUAGUAAAAGAUGGAGCUACUAUGUCAUUUUUUAAGAAAUCCAGAGUCUCAACAUUUGAAAAGAUGUGGGCCUUCAUGAGCAGCAAACAGAGCACAUCACUUGUCAAGUCUAUUGAAGAUGGCAUCCAAAGGGUUCUGAAAUCUGACUAUGCCCUGCUUAUGGAGUCUACAACCAUUGAAUAUGUGACUCGCAAGAACUGCAACCUAACCCAAUUUGGAGGCAUUAUUGACAGCAAGGGUUAUGGCAUUGGCACCCCCAAAGGCUCACCGUACAGGGACAAAGUGACCAUAGCCAUCUUGAGCUUGCUGGAGGAUGGACGCCUACACAUGCUGAAGGAGAAGUGGUGGAGUGGAAGUAGUUGUCAGGAAGAUGAGCGCUAUGAAACAGGCCCGAUGGGCAUCCAGAACCUGGGUGGCAUCUUCAUUGUUCUGGCUUCAGGCCUGGUGCUUUCCAUUUUUGUGGCCAUAGGGGAAUUUAUCUACAAACUUCGGAAAACAGCAGAACGUGAACAGGUCUUUCUGCAGUGCAGUGGUGGAAGAGAUCAAACUGUCGUUCACAUGCGAGAGAAGAGUGAAACACAAGCGGCACCAUGCACCACCCACAGCGAAGACGGACGCCGUGAUCAACAUGCACACCUUCAACGAGCGCCGUCUACCGGGAAAGGACAACAUGAGCUGCAGCAGCGCUGCAAUGACGCCCGUGUUUCCAUGACAUGCCUGGGUGACGGUCACCUGAGGCAUAUGCCUAGCACUGUGCCCGAGAGCAUGGACUAUGGAACUGAAAUGAUAACAGCAUUCACCCUCAACCGCAGAGACACCCGCAACCACACAGCCAAGCAGAACGGUGGCGCAAGCAGCAACCCAGGUAAUGACCAUGUCCUCAAACCUAUGUAUCCCACCAUGCCAUUGAGGGAGGGAGGACGCUCUGUGUCCUUUCUCUGAGAGAGAAAGAGAACAAUGAGGCCAGAGCUAGCUAGGACCGAGUCUGAUGUUUAUGUAUGAAAAACAAACACAUGAUCACCAUCUGUUCACUGGAAAUCAAGGAGUGCCCAGUAAACCCAUAGCCUUGCCACCCCCACCCCAAUCCCACUCAUACCGAGAAGAAAAGAGACAAGCAAUCCUUUGGAAGAAAUGAUUUAAGAGAAUAAGAGGCUUCUUUGAAGUACGGCAAUAAAAGCACUUCAAACUGACAAGAGGGGUGUAGAUUUUUGUCCUGGAGUACCAUUUAUAGCACAUCAAAUUAAUUUAGAAAAUUUGUGCUCUCACUGUUGUUAUUUGGGUUUGUAAAGCACUGAGGGUCUUUGGCGCUACACAGGAGCAUAUGAUUCUAUUGGGCUACAUUACUCCGAUGCUUUGAAUCUUUUAUUUAAUUUGAAAUUGUAGACUCUCUUAUUGGUAAUAUCUGCAGUUAGUCACAGUGUGCAAAGCUCUAGAUCUGCAUUCCCAGGAAGGCUACAGAGAAGGUGGCCUCCUUCCUGGUUCACCAACUGAAUGCACAAAACAAACAAGGUAAUAAAGGUUCUGAACCAUGUGCUCUGUCUUAUCAUAGUGCCAUAACUAAAUUCAAUUUGUUUGUGCUCUACAUCACUUGUGCCACCAGAUGUUUUGUACACAUUCAGUGAUAAUAAGAUGACUGAUUAACAUAAUAAUUGCCAAAGAUCUGUCUACAAAAAAUGUUAGAUAUUUAAAUACAGCAUCUAUCCUAAAAGUGUAAAGGAUAAGACUGAUUCAGUUGCUUGAUAAACUGUUUAUUGUGCAAAUUCACUUACAUAUUUUUAAUAUAUUUAAUGAUUCAUCGUAAGGCAUAAUUGCUAACCACAUAAUAGUAAGAUAUGGUGCAACCUACUAAGUUUGGUAUAAUUCACUAAACAAAAACAAAUAUAAUUGAAAACAAGUCUUUCAUUAACUUCAGUGUGGUAGUGAUUUGCAUUCUGCAUAACACAUUUACUUUUUUCAUUUCAAUACAAAUAGAAACAUAUUUACAGAGAUGCAUAAAUACAUCUAAUUAAAUAUCUGCCUAAAGUGUGGAUAUUAGAUUUUCUGUUCAGAAUGGCCUUUGUUAACAGCAUUUGCAAUAUAAAAUUAACACACUAUGUAUCCGGGCUUUUCAUUUAUUUCUGUACUUGCUGUCUGGGUCAGUGAGUGAAGUGACUUGUAAAGAGGCUGAAAAAAAAAAGAUUAUUGUGUUGUAAUUUUAACAGGAAAGCACAUAUCUACAUACACAAAAAAAUUGUC